AUGGCUCUACCACUCGACAACAUAGACUUCGACCAGUCUACCUUUGCCAAUCACCUCCAGGUCUCCAACGACAUGACCUAUAAUUAUGCAUCCAAUCAUUACCCCCAUCAGGCGUCUAUGCUGCAGUACAACCAGAGCUCUCCGAAGACGGGCUAUCCACUUGAACCCGCCCCCAAUCCUUUCUUGUUUCAACCAACCUCUUACCUGCCGGAGGGGGUCUCUAACUCGGUGUCAAUGUCCGAUAUGCUUCCGUUGAUGCCAUCGAACAGAUCCAUGGCUCCGCAUGGCAUCACCCUUUUAAAUUCCUUCCCUCAGGCCCCAGUGUCUUUGUCUUCCUCCCACUCUCAGUUCCAUACGAGCCUUCGCACCUUGAAGCCGAAAAAACCCUCGGCUCCUAUCUCCUCUUUGGGAAAACACUCUGAGAUUGGCAACAUCUUUACUCAGUCUUCCGGCGGACGGCAAGAGUAUAACGAGGGAUUUCCGGUCUCUCCAGUGAAUAGCGAUAAUUCUCUGCAGCGGUCUCACCACCAAGCCUCGCGCAAAAGCCCCAAGACGCGGCUCGAGAACGCACAAUCUAUCAUGAAGCAGACACAGUUCAAGUGCAAUGAGCCCGGGUGUAGGUGGUCCUUCAAGUAUAAAGGCAACCUGACGCGCCAUAUGACGCGCCACUCCAAGGAAAGGCCUUACAUCUGCAGGGUCCCUGGGUGCCACCGCACCUUCACACGCACAGAUACCCUCAAGGACCACUACACGUCACACAGCAAGCGGGGUGGUCGCCACCGCUAUGUUGCUAGCCUUGAUCCAAUGUGCGCAGACUACGACCCAGCUUUCUUCUAUGGCCAGUUCAAACCUGAUGGGCGCCCGCUCGAUGGACACAGUCCCGCAGGUCUAAUUAAAACGCAGAGUAACAAGUAA